GGUAUUAUUUAAAUACCUUUUCUUUCUUAGAAACGAGAAAAAACCUUCAAUUUUUCGAAUGACUAUUAGAAUAUUAUUAAAUUCUUUUUUACAAAUACUUAAUAAAAAAUCUUUAAUUUUUCUUUUUAUUUUCUCCCAUAUAUUUUUGCUUUUUUGUUUUACUACUUUAGUUGAUUCUCAAGAAGCAACAGAAGGUGGAUGCCCUUCAGGUUUUUAUAACAAAACUGGAAGGGACCAAUGCGAGGAGGAGUGCGAUAAGGAGUUUUAUUAUAUUUCUUUAUUCACUUAUGGAGCUUGCGUGAACGCACCUACUCGCUCAAUUGGAAAAAAUGCACCACAAUGUAAUUUAACAUGUGGUAUUCGUUUACAAUUAUGGGCAACUAUUGCUAUUUUUGUGAUAAUAGCCGCAGCUCUAGUUAGCUUAAUACUUUUAUUGCCAAUGUGUGUCACAAAUUGUCUUUCCUGUUUGCAUUCAAAAAAAGCUAGUAAACACAGUAGACGAGCAGCUAUGGAACAACCUAGUAAAGAACAACAAAUGGCUACACUUUCAUACAAUCCUUAUGUAAAUUUUUUGUUCAAAUAA